GAACACGCUUACGCAUAUCCAAGCGCUUUCUCCGAACUCCACCUUGAGGAUUUAGAUGCCACUGCACCUGCAGACGCAAAUCAAAGCUCACGACAGCUUCCUUUGCUGCUCGUAGAAAUAGCACGUAGCGAUGGCUACACGAGCUGCACGCAGAUUGAUACUGCCACUCUCUUCCUCGUUACCCGUGCUGCUGCUGCUCCUGAUAGCCUCCUUGCUGCGCCCAGUUACAGCCACCGGCAGGAACGUGAGCUGCACGCCGGAGUCAUGCGGGGACCUGACCAUCAGGUACCCCUUUUCCAUCGCCGGUGUGCAGCCGCUCUACUGCGGCUACCCGGCCUUCGACCUCACCUGCAACGCCAGCACUGGUCCUGCUCGUGCCUACCUGAGCAACACGUUCAGAGAGCAACUGUUCCGCAUCAGCGACAUAUCCUAUGAGAACAACUCCAUAGUGGCCGACGUGCAGACUGUCUUUGCCGGCGACAGGGGCUGCCCCGUCCCCGACUUCAACGUGUCGGCCAGCCUCGCCCUCUUCCCGUUCAACGUCAGCUCCACGAACAAGCGCCUCGUGUUCUUCUACAACUGCACCGUGCCCGCUGAGCUCCUGCUGCCGUGGCCAUGUGGCAACCACACCAUGGGAGCGUACAUCUCAGGUCUUUGGGACGGCGGUGAUACGGUUCCGCGGGGGGUUCCGACGAACUGUAGAUCGGUGAGCAUGCCGGUGCGAGCAGGGAUGGAGCCAGCUCGUCAGCACUACGAGCGGAUGAUCAGCGAUGGGUUCCUCCUGGAGUUGCCGGCCCCGCAGGGAGACUGCGAUGGUUGCAGACAAGUGGGCGGAGAGUGCAGGUUCGAUCAAUUUGCGUUCCAGUGCAUCUGUGGCACUAACGGGAACCUCUGCCCCAAUUCCACCAAAGUGACCAACUCAACUGCUCAUCCAGGUCGCAAGGGGAUUAGCAACAUCAUAUUUCUACGAAUAGUUCCACCAGCAGCUGUAGUCUUGCUCAUUCCAUGCAUUUGUGUGAUGAUGAGGCAUGCCAAGGCGAAAAGACUAUGGCCUCGCAGUAAAAAGACUAGCAGCAUCACCGAAAGGAAUUACGAGGCCAUGAUAUUAUCAUAUGGAUCACUAGCUCCCAAAAGGUACAUGUACUCAGAGGUAAUGAAGAUAACAUCUUCCCGCAAUCAUGAGCUUGGAAAGGGUGGUUAUGGUCAGGUUUUCAAAGGAAGACUAAAUGAUGAUCGUAUGGUUGCUGUGAAAUUCUUGCACGACUGCAAAGGAAAUGGGGAUGAUUUUGUGAAUGAGGUUAUGAGCAUUGGCAGAACCUCUCAUGUUAAUAUUGUUAGCUUAUUUGGGUUUUGUUUGGACGGAUCAAAACGAGCCCUUAUAUAUGAGUACAUGCCCAAUGGUUCAUUGGAUAGGUAUAUUUAUUCAGAGAACCCCAAAGGGAUUUUAGGAUGGAAGAAGCUCUAUGCGAUAGCAAUCGGGAUUGCUCGUGGCCUAGAGUACUUGCACCAUAGCUGUAAUACACGGAUCGUCCAUUUUGAUAUCAAGCCUCAAAAUAUCCUUCUAGACAAGGAUUUUUGCCCAAAGAUUGUGGAUUUUGGUCUAGCUAAAUUGUGUCAUACAAAGGAGAGCAAGAUUUCAAUGACCGAUGCUAGAGGAACAAUUGGGUUCAUCGCUCCCGAAGUUCACUCUCGAACGUUUGGACUUGUUUCAACAAAGUCAGAUGUUUAUAGUUAUGGAAUGAUGUUGUUAGAGAUGAUUGGGGGCAGGAAAAAUGUGAAAUCGGUGGCUGAAAAAUCGGGCGAACAGUAUUUUCCAGAUUGGAUUUAUGACCACUUUGCUCGAGAUGAUGGACUACGAGCAUGUGAAGUCACAAGUGAAACUGAGGAAAUAGCAAAAAAGAUGACCUUAAUUGGCUUGUGGUGCAUACAAGUACUACCUAUUUAUCGCCCUACUAUAACCAAAGUUCUCGAAAUGUUCGAGAGAAGCUUAGAUGAACUGGACAUGCCACCGAAGCAAAAGUUCCAUGAACUACUUGAAGAUUCGGCACACAAUAUGAGUGUACAAAGUGCAAGUUCUACCACUCCUGAAGACAUGAGCCUUGUGAAUUAAAACAUCAACUGUUGCCAACUCUUUCCGAAGUACUCCGCUGGUCAAACCCCCGCAUCUGGCUAACCCAUCUCGCGAGAGGGAGGAGCCGGCGCGAGGACCUGGAAUACGGCGGCGCAGGAGUGAGGUCGGCGCGAGGACCUGCAGGCGAAGACGCCGACGCGAGAUCCAGGAGGCGAAGCCCCGGCUGGUCUGGGUCGUAGUGGCUGCUCCCCCACAUACGUCCCCGCCGACGCCGCGUGAGGUUCAGGAGGGGACGCCGCCGCCGCGAGGUAUUGGAGAUCCCGGCUGCACUUGGUCGUAGAACAUAGGACUUUCGUGUAGGAGAAAGCGAGAUGUUCAUAGUCCACGGUUGUCGUCUGAGUUUGUGUAUUCCCUACAACAGCAAAAAUAACGUCAAUUAUUAAGGCAGCCACCGGUUCAAACAGUGAGCAUCAGGUUUAUUGUCUGUGUUGGGUGUUCAUUGUAGCAGUAGUGUGAGUACUGGACAGCCUUCUGCCACCAUCGUUUACCUCCGACUCGCCAGCCAGCCGCCAUCGUCUACCUCCUGUCUACCUCGUGCCUCCCGGGACAGCGCAGUCGUCAAACUCUGUCUCACCGGGCAGGCACCGCUGUCUACCUCUUUUUUGUAGUUAAUUGUGUGCUAGGAAUUUUUUGUAGUUAAUUUUGUGCUAGCAAUUCCUCCGGAAAACUUGUUAGGUUAUUCUAACUCUGCCAUGUAUCCGUGAUCUUGUUUUCUGAAUAUGUACUUUUUAGUGAUUUUCAUUUUCAUUUUAUUUAUCA